AUGUCGAUUCGCUUGGCCGUUUCAUCUGAUGCAAGUGCUAUUUACGAUGUCCAUACUUCAUCAAUACGAGAAAUUUGCUCGGAAUAUUACGAAAAAGAAGAGAUUAAAGCAUGGAUUUCRCGUCAAAAUGAGCAGCGAUAUCUAGAAUACAUAGCUAAGGCGGAAAUAGUUGUUAUGGACAAUGGUAUCAAAAAUCUCAAAGGUUUUGGCCACCUAUCGAGACACAAUGGCGAUGAAACUAAACUAGAUGGUACUCAAGAGCAAGGAGAAUGGGAUGAAGCGUUUGUAAAAGCACUGUAUGUCCACCCUGAUCAUGUAGGCAAAGGGAUUGGUCAUCAACUCCUUGACCACUUACAGAACAUUGCCCAGCAAAAACAAGCUAAAAAACUUACAGUGUUUUCCACACUCAAUGCAAUAUCAUUUUAUGAGAAACAUGGAUUCAAAGUCAUUGGUAUGACAAAGCAGCGUGGAAACUGUGCAAACCUUUGUUGCACAAAAUUGGAAAAACUGUUAGAAUAAAAUUAAUAUUCCCCUUCACUUCUCUAAUGAACUCUCACUUAUUGAUUCAAGGUGUGAUACCCAGACUAUAAGCAUAGUUUUUGCCAUAUCUAAACACAUAAAACAAACUGGAACCA